GGUCAUGUGGCCAUUGACAUGACUGCAUAGAGCGCUGUUACCUUCCCGCUGGAGCAGUACCAAUUGAUCUACUCACAUUUGCAUGUUUUUAAACUGCUAGAUUGACGUUGUCCAUAGAGCCGGCGUUGUCUGUAGACGCCUCCAAGGUCAUGUGGCCAUUGACAUGACUGCAUAGAGCGCUGUUACCUUCCUGCCGGAGCAGUACCUAUUGAUCUACUCACCUAUGCAUGUUUUUGAACUGCUAGAUUGACGUUGUCCAUAGACCGGCGUUGUCUGUAGACACCUCCAAGGUCAUGUGGCCAUUGACAUGACUGCAUAGAGCGCUGUUACCUUCCCGCUGGAGCAGUACCAAUUGAUCUACUCACAUUUGCAUGUUUUUAAACUGCUAGAUUGACGUUGUCCAUAGAGCCGGCGUUGUCUGUAGACGCCUCCAAGGUCAUGUGGCCAUUGACAUGACUGCAUAGAGCGCUGUUACCUUCCUGCCGGAGCAGUACCUAUUGAUCUACUCACCUAUGCAUGUUUUUGAACUGCUAGAUUGACGUUGUCCAUAGAGCCGGCGUUGUCUGUAGACGCCUCCAAGGUCAUGUGGCCAUUGACAUGACUGCAUAGAGCGCUCUUACCUUCCUGCCGGAGCAGUACCUAUUGAUCUACUCACCUAUGCAUGUUUUCGAAUGUCCGUACAGCUGGCGUUGUCCGUAGACACCUCCAAGGUCAUGCGGCCACUGGCAUGACUCCAUAGAGCUCCAGAGUGGUACCUAUUGAUCUACUCACCUUUGCAUGUUUUCGAACUGCUGGGUUGGCAGAAGCUGGGGCUAACAGCGGGAGCUCACCCACUCCCUGGAAUUCGAACCACUGGUCAGCAAGUUCAGCAGCUAGAACGCGGCCAUGGAAGUGGCACUGAGUUCCGCUGUUGCCAGGCGAGCCAGGCGCCCAAGGUGUGGGCGGCCUCUGAGGUGUGUGCAGGUGGGCUUGGCGCUAGUCCUCAUGGAGGAAGAGCAAGUCGAUAUCUCUGCUCAGCUGGCAAAGAAGAGGCUCUCAAAAAGGCCGAACCCACCUGCAAUUGUAGGACUGUCUCACAGAAAGGCAGAGAAGUUGGAUCAGAGCCUGCAACCGGGCGAGUGGGUCUUGGUGCUGCUUUCGUACCUCGUCCUCAUCCUGACUUUCCCCGUUUCUGUCUGGAUGUGUCUGCAGAUUGUCAAGGAAUACGAGCAAGUUGUCAUCUUAAGGCUGGGACACAUGCGGAAAGGAGCGGAGGUACGGCCGGGUGUGUACUUCAUCUUGCCCUGCAUCGAUAUCCUGAUCCGAGUGGACACGAGGACCAGGUUUCUGCACCUGUCCAUCAAAGAAGUUCUCACCAAAGACCCGCUGUCCCUCGAUAUCACCGGUGCCGUCUAUUACCGGAUCCAGGACCCCCUCCUGCUCUUACGGAACGUCACGGACCCGGACGAGGCCACGGUGCUCCUGAUGCAGACCACGCUGGGGGACGUUUUGGGGACCAAGUACCUCUCUCAGAUCAUCUGCAACCGGGAGAAGAUUUCAGAAAACAUACAGUCCAUGGUAGACGAUACCAUCAGCUCCUGGGGGAUAAAGCUGGAGUAUUUAGAAAUCAGGAACGUGAAGACCAGAGUCAAGUCCGAGCACCCAGUGGCCAAAUCGGGUGGGAGCCCGGCCUCGUCCGGAGGGUCCACACCGCCUCCUUGUCCUGAAUUAAAAGAGAAGGAGGGCCAAGUGGAGCCCCCCCAGACGGUGAAGGAGUCUUCGGAGAUGCCCACCACGUUGGACUCCGUGCAGAAGGAAACCACUGGCGACGUGGUGCACGAAAGCCCCAAUCCAUGCGCAGAGAACCCAUUACAGAACGGGAAGGAGUUGAAAGAAGGUCCUUCUCCGCCAGAUUAGAGACCUUCAAAGUACAGACUUUAGUGUUGAUAUUAAUUCAAAUUUUUAUAUAUGUGUGUGUAUAUAUAUUUCUAUAUUAUGUUGUUUCAUGCAAUUUCCCCUGUCCCCAAAAUAAAGUUCCUGACAGUUCAAAGAGAAAACUAGGUAUAUCAGUCUAACAACCGAGAAACCAAACCUAGGUUGCCUUGCAUGAAUAUUAGUAGACACUAGCUGUGCCCGGCCACGCGUUGCUGUGGCAAAGUGGUGGUGGUAUUGGUUAAAAAUUGUUGUGUAAUUUUUAUUUCUGUUAUUAUAGUAUUUUAUUGUAUUGAU